CGCACACGCACCGAGCCCAGCUCACCCCAAACCCAAAGCAAUUGGAAUCACAGGUGGAUCCAAUUCUUCCAAUUGCCAGCACCGUCGUCCUGGCGUCAUCAUCCAAUUCUCCCCUCCGCCGAGGCCUUUAGCACCAAUUCGGAAUUCCCCCAUAUCUUGAUCGCCCCAGCAGAAACAUCCCAUGCAUCGCGGUCGCAGGCGUUCCCCCUAUAAAACCCCUUCCAAUCCCCCGCCUUGAUGGCACCGGCGCACACACUGUGGUGGAGAAUUCCUCGGUCGAGUCAAUUCGUCUCUCCGCCUUCCUGCUAGCCCUGCUUAGCUUGGGUGGCCUCUCCUCAGUAGCUAUAUUUUGUUGUGCCUUGGGAAGAUAAAAGAAAAAUAUAUCUUUGGUUUCUCGAACAGGUGCGAUUCUGAAGGGAGAUUUCAUCGAGCAGGAUGAAUGCAUUGGCAGCAACCAGCAGGAACUUCAAGCAGGCAGCUAAGCUGCUGGGCCUCGACUCCAAGCUGGAGAAGAGCUUGCUCAUUCCAUUCAGGGAGAUCAAGGUUGAAUGCACAAUCCCAAAAGAUGAUGGGACUUUAGCGUCCUAUGUUGGUUUUAGGGUUCAACAUGACAAUGCUAGGGGGCCUAUGAAGGGUGGAAUCAGAUACCACCAUGAGGUUGAUCCUGAUGAGGUCAAUGCCUUGGCACAACUAAUGACAUGGAAAACAGCCGUGGCCAACAUACCGUAUGGAGGAGCUAAAGGUGGAAUAGGAUGCAGUCCUGGGGAACUGAGCAUUUCUGAGCUUGAGCGGCUUACCCGAGUUUUUACUCAGAAAAUCCAUGACUUGAUUGGCAUCCAUACUGAUGUUCCAGCACCAGAUAUGGGCACCAACUCACAGACAAUGGCAUGGAUACUUGAUGAGUACUCAAAGUUCCAUGGUUACUCACCUGCUGUGGUGACAGGAAAGCCUGUUGACCUUGGAGGAUCACUGGGAAGAGAUGCAGCUACUGGAAGGGGAGUUCUGUUUGCUACUGAAGCUUUGCUUGCAGAGCAUGGCAAAGGCAUUGCAGGACAGCGUUUCGUAAUACAGGGAUUCGGUAAUGUUGGCUCCUGGGCAGCUCAACUGAUCACUGAAGCUGGUGGCAAGGUGAUUGCUAUCAGUGAUGUCACAGGCGCUAUCAAGAACGUCAAUGGCAUUGAUAUCGCACAACUAGUGAAGCACUCAGCAGAGAACAAAGGGAUCAAGGGCUUCAACGGAGGAGACGCGAUCGAUCCAAACUCACUGCUCACUGAAGAGUGCGAUGUUUUAAUGCCCGCAGCACUUGGGGGAGUCAUAAACAAGGACAAUGCUAACGACAUUAAAGCGAAGUACAUCAUUGAGGCUGCCAAUCACCCCACAGACCCUGAGGCAGACGAGAUCCUUUCAAAGAAAGGCGUUCUCAUCCUGCCAGACAUACUCGCAAACUCCGGCGGUGUCACAGUCAGUUACUUCGAAUGGGUUCAGAACAUUCAGGGGUUCAUGUGGGAUGAAGAGAAGGUGAACACAGAGCUCCGGACGUACAUGACACGCGCCUUUGGGGACGUGAAGAAGAUGUGCCAGAGCCACAACUGCGACCUCCGCAUGGGCGCCUUCACCCUCGGCGUCAACCGCGUCGCGCGCGCCACCGUCCUCAGGGGAUGGGAAGCCUGAUCUCAUCAUCUCAUACCAUGCCCUGUGUCUCUGUGUCCUCGCGCGUUUUUCUCGAGCCUAAUUUUUCUUUAGGUUACCGAUCAACGGGGUUUUGAGAAAAACAAGUUCAGUCAAUAAUUACACGAAGUGCGUAUCUCUUGUUGGAGAUCAAUUGAGGCGAAAAAACAUCAGUAAUAAAUCUGUAAUUCACAGAUGAGAUGCUUCUUGUUUUGCAAGCAGCAAUGCCAUUUGGGUUC